AUGGGUAGUAAUUGCACAAAUUGUUAAAUCUGUUCGAAGAAAGACGAAAUUUUAAUUUCUGAGUUUCAUUAAUAGACAAUAAGUCACUAAUCCCAUGAUUAAGACUAAAUCAAUGUAGUAGAAAACGAAUAGGAGUCUUAUAAGGACUUAAGUAAUUAACCAAUAGCAGCGAUUUUUGAUAACAUUAAUCCGAUUCAAGCUGAACAAUUACCAGAUGAUAAAUAAUCUAACAUCAUUUUAACCUCAUGUACCUUAUGUCAAGUUUAUAUUGUUAGAAUCUAAUAGUGAUUUACAGAACAGAAAGAAUGAAAUGGCUUAAAGAAAUUUAGAAGACAUGGUGGAAACUUUUGGAAAUAAGUGUCUUUCGAAAGAUAGAGAAAGGAGAAAAAGAUAUUAUUUCAAAAGUGGAGCGUACUAUGAAGGAGAAUGGGUUGGACAGUGUAGGGAUGGGUUUGGAGCUCAAGUUUGGGUAGAUGGAGCAAAAUAUGAAGGAUAUUGGAAAAACAACAGGGCAAAUGGAAAAGGUAAAUUUUGGCAUGUCAGUGGAGAUAUUUAUGAUGGAGAAUGGAAAGAUGAUAGGGUUUGUGGUUAAGGAAAAUACAUUCACGCUAAUGGAGCUAAAUAUGAGGGACAUUGGCUUGAUGAUUAUCCGCAUGGAUAUGGCGUUGAGAUUUGGAUAGAUCAUUCUAGAUACGAAGGAUAUUAUUAGUGUGGUAAGAAAGAUGGCUUUGGUAAAUACUAUUGGAGUGAUGGAUCUUAUUAUAUGGGAAAUUGGGAAAAAAAUUAAUUAGAAGGAUAUGGAAUUUAUAAUUGGUCAGACGGCAGAGUAAAUUAUCAGUUGAAUUUAGAAAUAUAUGGGAAUGUGGAGUAACAAUUAAAUGAAUGGCAGAGGAAUAUACUUAUGGCCUGAUGGACGUUAAUAUGAAGGAGAGUAUUUUUAAGACAAAAAAGAAGGGUAUGGCAUUUAUUAGUGGCCUGAUGGUAGAAGUAUACUUAAUGAUAAUAUUUUAGAAUAUGAAGGUUACUGGAAGAAUGGAAAGUAAUCUGGCAAGGGUAGAUAUAUAUUACCUACUGGUAAGAAGUAAUUAGGGCUAUGGGAAGUUGGUCGUAGAAUUUAAUGGAUAGAUGACACUGAGAAUAUCAAACCUGAAGGAUGGGAUGAAUAUAUACAACCAACAUUACAAUAAGACAAUAUUACUAAUAAAUGA